GAAAAUGGCAGCUACACCACCGGCUCGAAACCUCGCUCUUUCUGAGGACGAACAGGAAGAAGUGGAAGAAGAAAAUCAGCCUCAAGUUCCAGCAAUUUCCCCGCCCGUUGAUGUGGAAGCUCUGGCCAAGACGAUGACCAGUGUCCUGAUCAGCGGUGGCAGCGAGGAGCCUCGCGGCUCGAGGGAAGAGAUGCAGCUGUUCGAGGCCAAGGAGCACCCGGGAGAGGCCUUCGAGAGGAUGCAGCAGAUGAGAGAGGAGCAGAAACUCUGCGACGUGGUGCUGGAGGUCGGCGGGGAAGAAAUCCUGGCGCACCGUCUCGUCCUGGCCGCUUCCUCCCAGUACUUCUCCUCCAUGUUCGCCGGUGGCAUGAGAGAGAGCCGACAAGAGAGAGUGGAGUUGAAGGAGGUGGAGGCUGGAGCCAUGAAACUCCUGGUGGAGUUUGCCUACACCUGCAAGCUGGAGAUCACGACACAGAACGUACAGUCAGUCAUGAUGGCCAGCUCAAUAUACUCCUUCCCCUCGGUGUUUGAGGCAGCAGCCAAGUUCCUCGAGUGUCAGCUUCACCCUUCCAACUGUCUGGGGAUCAGGUCUUUUGCACGGACCUAUGGCAGCACGCGACUAGUACAACUCGCAUCCGAGUACUUCCAGAGCCAUUUCAUGGAUGCAAUCAAGAACGAGGAAUUUCUCUCGCUCUCCGGAGAUGACCUUGCCUGGUUACUGGACAGUGAUGACGUGAACGUAAGGAGCGAAGAAGAUGUUUACCGAGCGGUGGAGACGUGGCUGGGUGUCCGUACGGAAGAGAGAGUGCCUCAUCUCCCGGCUCUCAUUAGCGUUGUCCGUCUUCCUCUGCUCUCCACUUCCUUCCUCACCGAACAGGUCGAGGCAAACCCCUUUGUCAGAAAGAGCCUCAAAUGCCGAGAUUUUGUCGACGACGCCAAAAACUUUCACCUGAUGCCAGAGAAAUUCUGGCACCUGGAGGAUCGGAGGUUCCACCCCCGCAAGUCGACCGUGGGGAUGUUGUUUGCAGUGGGAGGAAGAGGCGCUAUUGGAGAGCCUUUCAGCAGCGUAGAGUGUUAUGACUUCAGGACAAAUUCCUGGCAUGAAGGACCGGAGCUGUGCUCACGGCGACGUCAUGUGGGCGUGGCCUACCUGGACGGGAAGCUGUAUGCAGUGGGCGGGCACGACGGUCAUCAACAUCUCAACUCAGUUGAAUGCUACGACCCCAAGAAGGGGGUGUGGCAGUACGUGCAGCCAAUGAAGACCCUCAGGAGAGGCAUUGCUGUUGGAGCCAUCGGAGGACCCAUGUACGCUGUCGGAGGACUGGAUGACGUCAACUGCUACCGUACUGUGGAGAGGUACGACCCCCAGAGUGACGAGUGGACUGAGGUCUGCAGUCUCCGGUCCCCACGGGGCGGGGUGGGCGUGGCCCAGCUCGGCAAGUAUCUGUAUGCAGCGGGCGGGAAUGACGGGAGUGCCUCCUUGCAGACUGUGGAGAGGUAUGAUCCUCAUGUUAACAAGUGGACCGAGGUGGCUCCCAUGGCAAAGAGACGAGCGGGGGUGGGCGUGGUCGCUCUCAAUGGCUAUCUGUACGCAGUCGGAGGGUUUGACGAUGCAUCUCCACUGGACACAGUUGAGAGAUACAACCCCAAGACCAAUUCCUGGCAGUUCAUGACCUCCAUGCACGUCUGUCGCGGUGGUGUCGGUCUCUCUGCCGUCGGUGGCUACCUGUUUGCAGUGGGCGGGCACGAUGGGAAGGCCUACCUUAACACUGCCGAGAUAUACUCCCCCAACUCCGACUCCUGGUCACCCAUCGCCUCCAUGGCAACCAGUCGAGCUGGGGCCGGCGUGAUUGCCUUCCCCUUGCUCUCACUCAGUGGGGGGAGUGGCUCACACACUACCCCACCAGAGUCACUGGAGUCUCUGUAGCCACACCCCCUGUUGCCACGACUACUGUUUGUGUGCCCCACCAUUUCCCCCCAGACUCCAUCAUCAGACGUUGUUGUCUUCAGUCAUCUCUUGUGUGUCUGUCAGUUUUUUUCACCAGUCAAGCA